AUGAGCACCUUUGAAACUAUAAAUGGAUUCGCAGGGAAAGUGACAAGGGAUAUUCAAGAGAACGACUUCGUUUGUUUGAAUGCUGGAGCUAUUUCCGCUAAACGAAAACUAAGCAAGGAAGGCUAUAAAACUAUGAUUGAGAUAAGCGUUCUUGGAACUUCUUUCUUGGCGUUACUACUACUGCCUUGGACGAAAGAAGUUGGAAAAGGAAAUGCUCAUUUGGGCAUAGUGGUCGUCAUAGAAACAUCGACAUCUCCAAGUGGCCGAAAAAUGAUGUGCUCUAAUAUUGGAGCGCGGAGGAGAACUGGAAGGACGGGCAAAGUGGUUAUGCUCUACCUAGCCAAAUUGCUCCAACAGUAUGCGGUCAAUGAAAUCGCCAAGUUAGCACUGAGCGCUGAUGGAAAGCACAAGGUAAUUGUGAACUCAAUUUGUCCAGACCUUGGUCGAGAGUACAAUACCGGUGUAGCAAUGGGUAUAAUGAUCAAUUUGUGGAUAGGUCUUGCUUGCAAGACUACUGAAGGUGGUGCUCGAACUUACGUCCUUGCGGCUCUCACUCCUUCAUCGGAACAUGGCGCACAUUACACAAAUUAUGAAACAGAGGAAAAGUAUAGGAAUUCGGUUGAGCAUAACAUCUUUGGAGACGAGGGCCAAAAUAUGCAGUCGCAAGUUUGGAAACAGAUAUUGGAAAUUGUGGAUAAGAAGUAUCCAGAUGUGGUCGGGAGGGUCCAUAGUUGA